AAUAUAGCAGCGCUUUGGGCUUUUGUACCAAGUCGUCUGUGCCGGUCGCAACGUGUGUGCGUGCACACCAAGCCCACCAGAAACAAACUCGCCCCCUUCGUGCGAAGCCAAGCUUAUACUCCUUCGGCUCAGUGAACCGUCCAGCAUGUCCUACUCCAGCAUGAUGCAGAGUUCGUCCUCAUCCGGGGUCGUUUCUUCGCUCCAGUCCCCGAUGGAGCGCAUGGGUUUACAGGACCAGCGGAGUCCGUUUGCGAUGACAGCGGCGGGAGGGAGCGGAGGAGGCUACUCGUCCACGUCAACCACGACCGUCCAGGGCUCGGCGUACAUCUCGUCCGGCAUGUCGUCUGGCAACUCGGCCGAGGUGGACAAGCUGCAGCAGGUCCGGCAGAUGGAGAAGAAUCAACUGAUGGGGCUCAACGACCGCUUCGCCAACUACAUCCAGAAUGUGCGCAUUCUGGAGAGGAAGAACAAGGAGCUGCAGGUCAGUCUGAAGAGAAUGCGCAUCCACAGCGGCCAGGACUCGCAGCUGGACAACCUCUGCGCUCAGUACGAGGUCCUGCUCAAGCGCCAGAUCCAGGCUCUGAUAGAAGAGAAGAGGCGCCUGGCAAACGAUCAGGAGCAAGCGCACAUCAACAUGGAGCAAAUGAAGAUCAAGUAUGAGACUGAGAUCAGGGAGCGCACUCAAAUUGAGAAUGAAUUUGUCGUCCUCAAACAGGAGGCAGACCAGGUGUACAUGCAGAAGGUGGAGCUGGAGGCAAGGCUGACUGGUCUGACUGACGACAUCGAUUUCUACCGAAAGGUCUACGAAAGGGAGAUCCGCGAGCUGGAGGCGCGCAUGGUGAAGGUGGACGUCGUGGUGGAGGUGGACUCCUCACCGGGGCUUGAUCUGGACACGUACCUGGCCGAGGUGCGCGAGCAGUACAUGAAGCAGGCGGGGCGCAUCCGCGAGGAGCUCAAGAUCUCGUUCGAGACCAAGCUGGACGCGAACAGGAACAACGAGGUCAAGAUCAACGACGACAUGAGACUGGUGACCGUUGAGAUUAGCGAGGUGCGCCGCAACAUGCAGCGCUACAAAGCAGAACUGGAGGCUCUCAAGCAACAGUGUUUGGCGCUGGAGAGGGCCAUUGCUCUUGCUGAGGAAAAGGGCAAGGAGAGCAUGAGGCAACUCACGGAGAAGAGGCAGCUGCUGGAGGUGACCAUCAUGGAGCAGAAGAACAAGCUCACCGGCCAUCACCGCAGCUACCAGGAGCUCAUGAAUGUCAAGUUGGCUCUUGACAUGGAGAUCAUCGCUUACCGCAAGCUCCUGGAGGGCGAGGAGGGCAGGAUCACCAAAACCACGAUUGGAUCGACUGUCUCCGAAUACAGUCCGUCGCCGUCUCCACUUGAGACCAAACCGCAGUUUCAAGGGUACUCCUCGCAGCAGGUGCUGAUCAAACAGAUCGAGACACUGGAUGGAAGGGUGGUGUCUGAGAGUCAAGACAUGCAGGUUGUUCGGAAGUGAUCUGGACCACUGCAGGCAGGUGGCCCUGCAGUUCAAGUGGCGGCUUGAGUAUGGUUUUGGGCCAAGCGACUUUAAAUCAGUUGGUGGUGUUACUCCUCCUAAUAAAAUGAUAUUGGCGGCGCAUGGCGAGAUAUAUUCCUGUAUGCAACGAAUGUACGACGCAGUCCUCUCUUGGUUAAAUUUCUGUCCUGCGCUUAUGGAGGCGGGAGUCUGCACAAGUGCAUUUUAAUUCUCCAUUCCUGAUGACACUCGACAAGCCCCGUUCACUGUUUACCAAUCAAAGUAGGGCAUAAAACACGCGUGCGUUAAUGAAAAUGUGUUUGUGGAAUGCCGGCAGAAAUGAUGUGGGAAUAUUGGAAUUUUAAGAUCACUGUUCUGCUGCACAUGGGCCUCACAUCCAUGGUAACACACCGAGUACUCAAAUUGUAUACAAUUGACACAGGUUACCGGUCAUAACACUGUCACGUGGUGGACAUGUUAGAUACUCAUAGCUUAAACGAUACUGCAGACUGCAUAAACCACGUUUCAAUUAAUGUCGCAAAAUAGAGUAGUGAUUGUCAUAAAACAUUUUAGUUUGUUUAAAAAUAGAUGAAUUAGAAUGUCUAUGAGUGGUUUAAUUUCAGAAAAUGCUUUGUAGGAUUGAUGUCCGUCCCAAGUUGAGCCGAAUCAGCAUGAAUGCGUCUUGGGUGGCAUGAUUAUAGAAGCAUCAAAAGCGUGCAUAAAAUAAAGAUUACGCAUGAAACAAG